AUGGAAAUUACCGAGAACAGGGAUAACACAAAGAGGCAAUGUCAUUUACAAGUGUACAGAAACCAAUGGUUAAAAUAUCUAAAAAAUGAUAGUGCACGAACCAACUACCAUGUGUCAUUAAAUCUAGUUACAUCGACUAGUACCAUGGAAAAGGGCGAUUUUAGAGGUGAUUCUAAGGGAUACUUCACUUAUAUUGAGACGAGUUUGCUUUUACACGCAACUUGGAAGUCGAUUCAAGGUUCUGGAUUCUAUACAUUUGUUCAUAGGGAAUAUAAAAAAGAAAAGCUUCAAAUCCAAUCAGAAUUAAAGAAAGCCUUCCAAGGAUUUGUAAAGAAAUUUUGUCAUGAGCAACAAGCACAUCUACUGUUGAUUAUGAAAAGAUGCCGAAUGGACAAUAUAUCACGCCGGCUUCGGCAGGCUUUGAUAUACACAUUUAACAUUGCAUACAGGGAGGAAUUACAAUACUUCCGGAUAUGCAUUGAUCAUAAAAAAAUGCAGUAUUCAGCCCAAUGUUUCAAAUUUAGAGUAUGUCAGUUUAUAGAACGUGCACGAGAAAAUCGACAUCAUCCCGCAAUCGAGCAUACAAUAUUUCUGGAAUUAACUGAUUACAACCAACUUAUUUCGGUACAGUUCACUUUGACUUACAAUCAAAGCAAGCAUAGAAUGGCAAAGUACAUUGCACAUCCUGCCAUGAGAUUUGCAUGUAUAGAUCUAUUUUGCGAUUUGGAAUUGAGAAUUGAAAUGUCAGAUACAUUGGAGUAA